UUCUGUAAGGAGCCUUGUAAGCAUGACUGUCACUUUGACCCCUGUAGCAAACAGCGAGCUAUGCUAUAAAUGGACCAUUUUCCCAGCCAGCAGUUUUGCUGUCAUCACGUACUCUUGGAUUUUCUUACUCGUACGCUUCGACACACUACACUCUCAUUCUUUUGAUCAACGUUACUCGAUUGAGGAGGACUUCAAAUCCAUGCCUUGUAUCGAUGAAGGCAUAGACUAUUACGUGUACAAUAAUUAUAAUUAUUUAUUGUGACUUCAAGGAUAUCCUGCUGGCCUAUCGUGCAUGCAUUGCAAAGCAGUUUAUGAUAUCAAAGUUUCAAGGCCAGUGUUGCAAAAGAAAUCAUUCUGACCAGUUCGAGAACCAUUUAUUAAUGAUUUAUUUGUUCCAAGAUUAGAACCUUGAUUAAUCGAGCUCUUGGUCAACGGAGAUUCGCCAUUAGUGCAUUAAUUUAAUUCAAUUUUAAACGAAACCUACUUCGGUGUUUUUAUUCGAGUUUUUGUGUGAACGAAUUUAAAGAAGAUUUUCAGAGUUACCCCCCUUCCUCAAGAAAAACAAAAUGGCGCUCUCCAAUGGUUGCUCCUGCAGAAUUGGACCCUCGAUUUUGAACGCUGACUUGUCGGAUUUAGCUAAAGAAUGUCAACGUUUGGUAGAAGCCGGUUCAGAUUACAUGCAUCUCGAUGUCAUGGAUGGACAUUUUGUACCCAACCUAACGUUUGGCCACCCUGUUGUCAAAUGUUUGCGUCCAAAGUUACCAGGAGUGUUCUUCGAAAUGCACAUGAUGGUUUCAGAACCAGAGAAGUGGGUCGAGGGCAUGGCUGAUGCAGGUGCUGACAUGUACACAUUUCACUACGAGGCCACAGAUGACCCGGUCGGAUGCAUCAGGAAGAUCAAAGAAGCUGGAAUGAAGGUUGGAAUGGGUAUCAACCCACCGACGAACGUGGAAGUGGUUUUGCCCUACGUCGACAUGCUCGACACUGUUCUCGUUAUGACGGUCAACCCUGGCUUUGGAGGACAGAAGUUCAUGACUGAGUGCUUGCCCAAGGCUGGUGCGAACCUGAUAGUUUCUGGCAGUGCGCUCGUUGGUGCCUCAAACCCUAGAGAGUGCAUCUCUUACAUGAGAGGCAUUAUAGAUUCCGGGCUGAAGGAAAUCAACUCAAAGAGAUAGCCAGCUUCUCAAUGAUUUGUCCAGGUGUUUUUGGCAUAUAUAUGCUGGGUAGUUUAUAUGUAACUUUUCUUUUCAUUUUCUUUUCUGCUUUAGGCUCUGUUGCUGUUCUCAAAUUGAUUCUUUUUUGCUUUUUGUUUGUUUGUUUCAAUUUUUGUCUAGUUUCACUUUGUUUUUGCUCUUUGCUCUCAAACUUUUAUGUUUCCUCUUCUCGUCACUUUGCGCAAAUAUAGACAUUCCUACAGUGGAUUCACACUCAAUCACACACUUGUACACACACUCGUACACAUGCACUCCCACUGCCAUAUAUAAAUAUGAUAAACUCUCAAACACCCUUUGGGAAAGGGUUGUUUGUUGGCAAAUUCCCUUGUGUGGUUUGCUCUUUUUUUCCUUUCAAACA